AUGAAGACACUGGUCUGCGUUCUGCUCCUGGCCUCAGCAGUGUUUGCUGAGGACGCCAAGGAUGAGAAGAAGACCGAGAAGAGAGGUCUGGGUGGUUUGGGCUACGGCUAUGGUGGACUUGGAAGCUACGGUGGAAGCCUGGGAGGCUACGGAGGUGGACUCGGAGGAUAUGGCGGCAGCCUAGGAGGUCACGGCGGCAGCUUGGGAGGUUACGGUGGCAGUCUCGGAGGCUACGGGCUCGGAGGCGGCUACGGUCUUGGAGGAUCCAGCCUGGGACUUGGAUCUUCCUCCGGUUUGGGACUUGGAAGCUCUGGACUUGGUCUGGGCGGUUCUGGACUUGGAGGAGGCUACGGCUACGGCCGUUCCGAGCGCAUUUCUGGCAUCACCAUCCACCGCGAGGUCGGCGUGCCCGUUCCUCACCCCGUGCCCGUUCCCGUCGUGAAGAGGGUGCCCGUUGCCGUUCCUCACCCCGUUGCUGUGCCCGUCGACAGGCCCUACCCCGUCCACAUUCCCGUCAAGGUCCCUGUCCCCGUAGAAAAGCCCGUGCCCUACCCCGUUGAGAAGCCUGUGCCCUACCCCGUCCAUGUUCCUUACAAGGUCGCCGUGCCCCACCCUGUCGCCGUUCCUGUUGCCAAGCCUGUGCCCUACCCCGUCCAAGUGCCUUACAAAGUCGCCGUGCCCCAGCCGUACCCUGUUGAAAAGCCCGUGCCCGUUUAUAUCAAGGGAGGCCACCAAGACUCCUACGACUUGGGAAGCUACGGCAACUAUGGCUCCUACGGCAACUAUGCCUUGCUUUUGUUGGCCUUAAUCUGUGCGGCAUGUGCAUCGUCCGAAAACUGCGUUUAUGACGAAGAAGCUCGAACGGAACCCACAACCAGUUCAUCCCUGGAUAAAAGGACGAGGAGGUCGUCUGAACCUGAGGUGACCAUUCCGAAAAAGAAACUUUGUCCGCCAAAAGGAAUAAACAAUAGGCUUGGCAACGACCGUCCAGUGGAAGUAUUUUACACUCUGCGCGGCUUCUACCCUCACUACCCUGGUGUGCCAACUCUAAUUAGGGCAAGCACGCCAAUUAUCAAUCCACCCAUUGUGAACCAACCGAUCGCCAAUCCCUAUGCUCUUAAUGUAUGCACUUUGGCCGUUCUGGCGGUGGCUCUGGCCGCUGAAAAGCAACCCGAGAAGCGUGGAGUUGACUAUGGUGGUGGCGCCGAACUUGGGGCAGACUACUCCGGAGGCCUGGGAGGCGGUUCCGGAGGCGGUGGCCAUGGAGGCGGUUCAGGAGGUGGCGGACACGGAGAUCUGGGAGGUGGAUUUGGAGGCGGCUCAGGAGGCGGCGGCGGCGGACACGGAGGAGACGGUGGUGGAGAGUUCGGUGGUGGUGCCAUCGGAGGUGAUGGCGGCGAAGGACUCGAUGAUGGCACCGGACACGCCAAGGUUCAGGGCAUCACCAUUCAUAAGGUGAUCAAAAUCCCCAUUCACCAACCGGUGGCAGUUCCUCAGAUCCGCAAGAUCCCCGUUCACAUUCCCCACCCUGUGCCCUACCCCGUCGACAAGCCGUACCACGUCCAGAUUCCCAGGCCCUACCCCGUCCAUAUUGAGAAGCCAGUUCCCUACCCCAUUGAGCGACCUGUGCCCUACCCUGUGUACGUCAACGUCAAGGUUCCCCUGCACCACGACAUCCCCGUCCCCAUCAAGAAGAACGUGCCCAUCCCCGUUCAGAAGCCCGUUCCUUUCCCGGUGCACAAGCCUGUGCCCAUCCACAAACCUAUCCCGAUCGUCGUCAGUCUGGACAAGGCCCCCUCUGGUGGACACGGAAGCAGCGGAGGUGACUCUGGAUUUGGAGGCGGCUCAGGAGGUUACGGAGGCGGUUACGGUGGUGGAGCUGGAGGCGGCUAUGGUGGUGGCUCUGGAGGCGGCUACAGCAGCGGAGGCGAUUCCGGCUGGAAGGGCAAAUAAGCCUUGAGAAAAAAGGCCCGCCAGUGGUUGGCCCAAAACACCCAAAGUUCCCAAUGCUACUUGUAAGACUUAAAUGUAGAAAUCUGAAAUUUUUCUGUUUUCCAUAAUGCUGCAAAUUGUGAAUUUGCAUUGUCUGUGAAUCGAAUGAAAAAUAAAGAAUUGUGAUAUCUCAAA